AUUCUCACAUACUCCCAAGUCACAACCAAUCGAGAUUUACACUUGUGCAUUUGUAUCUUCAUCAAUUUGCAAUGAUAUCAUAAAUAUUAUUAAAUAAUUUUAUUAAGUGAUCAAAUAAUUAUCAUGGAUAAUCGUAAAAUAGCAACAAGUUCAUUGGUUUUAUUUUUUUUGUUGAAUAUUUGUUAUGGAGAUAAAUUAACAGUUGGUCAAAGAGCACCAUUGGAUGCAUUGAGUUCUGGUGGAUUAUUAUUAGCAGCACCAUUAGUUGGAAAUGGUGCUGCUGAUGUUGGAAGAAGAUCAGAUGUUGGAAGAAGUGGUGGAGCACCAAAGCCACCACCACCACCAAAACAAAAUAAUCCAACUCCUCAAGUACAACCAAAAGAGGAUGGUGUUACAAGAGAAGAAACUGAAGAAUUAAAAGAAAUUGAUGGACAUCUUGUUCGUGUUGUUAAAGGAAGUCUUGGUUAUGAUAGUCCAGAAGGACUUCCUGUUUCAAUCAAAUACACUGCUGAUGAAAAUGGCAAUCGAGCUAGUUUUACAAUUGGAAAACCAGGUGGGGGAGGUGGACCAAAAGCAGGUGGUGCCUCAGGAAGUGGUGGAGGAGGUAAAUCAACUUCUAACGGAGGAAAAAAUAAUAAUGGUGGUGGAGGUGGAGGUGGAGGUGGUACUGGAGGCACUGGUGGAGGAGGAAAAAAAACUGGUGGUAGUGGAAAUGGUCCAAGUACUUAUCUACCUCCAAAAAUGAUGAAAGUUGAUAAUAAAUAUCUACCACCAAGUUAAAUAUAAAAAUAUCAAAAGAAAACAUAUAUAUUUAAAUCAAAGUUGCUUUAUUGAUAUUAAUAUAUUCACAAAUAUAUCAUAAAAAAUAUACAAUACAAUUUUUAAUUUUUCAAUUUCAUGUACCACGAUAAGUUGUAUAACCAAAUGGAUUUAAAAGUAGUGGAAUAUGAUAAUUUUCAUUUGGAUUAUUUAUGUCAAAUAUAAUUUCAAUUGUUGAAUAAAAUGAUGAUGUAUUGGUUGAUAAAAAAUAAUCAUCAACAUUAUAAAUUAAUUUAUAUUUUCCUUGUGUUAACAAAAUUCCUUCUUUAAUUAAAUUUUCACAACGACCAGUUGCACUUGUUUUGCUAUAAAUUAAUUAUAAAAUUAAAAAAAUAAACUCCAAUUUUAAAUUUAAAUAGUAUUUACCAAUUUCCAAUAUUUGUCCAUUUAUUUUCUGUAUAUUUUUCAAGUUUAACUUGUAAAUUUGAUACAGGAGAACCUCUUGAUGUAUCCAACACAUGAGUCGAUAGGUGUGGUUGAUUCAUCUUACUCGAAAUAAAUUUUUAUACUGACGAUAUUUCGUUUUUUCCACGCUUAUAUCACAAGUCACAGGUCAACAUGAUAAAAUAUGAUUAAAUAAGAUAACAAAAAAAUAGAAUUUAAGUAUUUAUUUAUCAAUGAAUUAUUUAUUUUUACAAAAAUACUUAAAUAUUUAAAGAAUUAUUUUAAUUUACAAUAGCAUUUUUAUACUAAUAAUUAAAUGUAAUUACUAAUCAGUUAGAAUAAUAAAAACAAAAAGCAAAA